UCUGCAACCUUCAGUAUGACACUAACAGCAGGAAGGUGCAGUCCGUUAAUUUUUCUUCGGCAUAUUUUGUAUCUUUCGCUUCAAAUCUGAUAGUACCUUGGAGAUAGUGAACAGUAUACUACGUUCUGUUUAACCUAGUGUGAUAAACUAGUCGGUACGAGUGAAGCAGUUGGAUUGAUAUUGUGAUAUUCCAAUAUUCUCGGAUCUCAGUCUUGAUUAAUAUCAGACAUCUCCUCAAGGCCAUGUUGGAUUCGCCUAACCCCCCCUCUGCAAACCGCCCCGUCACGCAGGUCCGUCAGUGUGAGCAAUCAGUUCACCUGGGUGUUCCGCCACUGUAAGAUCCGACUGGCGAAGUGUAUCCAUUUCUACAGAGUUGUGUCGCCCGUCAUGCAUCAGUCACAUAACGUCUCAUGAUGGCCCGAGCUCCUUCCUACUACGAGCAGUACGAGCACGCCCAGCCGUCGUCUCUGGGCAGUUACAACAACUUCCCGGGUUCCUUCGUGACCACGCAGUCGUCCUUCCCCAUCGCGGCGUCCAACAGCAUCAAUUCCUCGUCGUGUUCCGCUGGCUAUUCGCAGGCCUACUCUUACGUAGGCUCCUCCUCCAUCCAGGCUGAGGAUCAGAACGGCUACCCUUGCCAGUAUGAGUUCUCAUCCUUGGUCCAGCGGGAUUGCUCGCAGGCCGACGCGGGGUCCUGCGGGUCCUUCUUCAGCGACGACACGCCGAUGGGCCACAACGGCGCAGACAGGCAUCUGACCAAGGAUGAAUCACAGCUGUCAGGGCUGCUGUCUUCGAACGAGCUCGAUGCCCACCUUAGUGAUCUUCCCUUAGAGUCGCUCCUGCAUUUAACUCAGCCAGAAGAAAGGCUAAUCAAGGAAAAUGCAGUUGAGAAAGAAUGCAUCCCUCCAGACUGCAAUGAACAAAUUUUCAAAGAAGACGAAGACAUCUCCAAUCGAUUGCCGCUCCACAGGUCACAUUCUCCGUCUGGUCCCUCGCUGUAUUCUUCUUUAUCCACGUCGCCUGCCUCCUGCUCCCCCCAGUCCAGUCCCUUUUCUCCUCAGUCAACCUCAUGUUCAUCACAAGCUACCUCUUUUUCACCUCAGGCAGCCCCAUACAUGCCGCAGACACCGACUACCUCCACAAACUCGCCCACCCAGCCAAGUCAUCAGAGCAUGGAUAAUCCCUUAGGAAAUCAGCCAAUGUUGCACUUUAACAAGGAAGACGAAAGCAAUAUGAAUUCCUUUUUCGCUAAAGUUUUGGAAGACUCCCCAACUAUGACGCUUAGAACCAAGAAGAUGGCCAAGCCUGAUGUCAUUAAACCAAGCUUGCCCGUCACCAAAAGGCAACUCAAGACACAGAAGACGCCGAGAAAGAAAACGAGCAACAGUGUAAAUUCGUUAGAGUUUGCUGGAAGCCUCUGUCACAACGACGUGAGAAAAGUCGCUAAGACGGGGUACAUGGACACGGCACAACUAAUGGACUCGAGUAGCUGCGAGAGCAUGAGCACACUGGACGGGAAAGAAGCGACGAAUUCACCUGGUGGGAAUGUGUUCGUGCCCCCCAUCCAGAAACCUGUCGAGGCCAAAAAGCCACCACCGCCAAGAAAACGGAUGAAGUCGUCGGCUUUGUCUCCCGAAGAAAAGAUAUGUGGUGUCUGUGGGGACGUUGCCAAAAACAUGCACUUCGGCGGGAUGGCUUGUGACUCGUGCAAGGCCUUCUUCAGGAGGUCGGUUCAGAGUGCGACUUUUGAGAACUUUAGGUGCGAGCAGGAAGACAGGUGUGUGAUCUCCAAAUCCAACAGAAGAUGCUGCCAGUCGUGCAGAUUUCGAAAGUGCCAGAGCAUUGGCAUGCAGAUAGAGUGGGUCAUGACAGAGUCGGACCGCAUGACCUUGCUCAAGAACCGGCUGGCGAAGACUCGGCAGGUGCAAGUGGAGAAGGAGAAGGAGGAGCUGUAUGGUGACCUGCCACGGAACCUCGACCCGGACAACGCCAUGGAAAUCAACAAACUCCUGGACACGAUGCACACUGCCUUCGCCUCCAUGCCCUAUCCCCCAGAGUGCAGCGGAGAUAACAUCGACACGCUGUCCAACAUUUUCGUGUUUUUGUGUAAGCGAUUUGGGAAGUUUUACUUUAAAGUUGAUGAUUUUAACAAUAUUUGCAUCGAGGACAGGACAUAUCUGUUGAAAAAUGGUAUAGCAAUGUCGCUGUAUAUUAAUGGUGCUCAUAUGUACGAUCCGGUGAAUGAGAGCUGGCCAGCUGAGUGCAUCCAUGAGACUGUAAAAGUCCCACGGGUAACUUUAAAAACACUGAGGGAGUUGGCGAGUAUUCCUGAGGCUUUUGCUACGGUCAUGAAGUUUUAUUAUAGAUACGAGAGUGACCUUAAAGAUGAAGUUGUUUCACUAAUGAUGUACCUGAUAUCUUUCUUUUUACCGGAUGACCCUAAUUUGCUAGAUUCCGAGAACGUUCGAAAAAUUCAGAACAAGUACAUUGAACUCUUGAAACGCUACCUGAUUGCUCGGGAUGGUUGGCAUAGCGUGUCUGGUGUUUUCCUGAAACUGAUGGACGGUAUAAAUUACAUCAAAGAUAUUCUUAAGUUCCAUGCUAUAGUUGACAUAAAACCGACCGUCAACCACGAUGAAGUAGCCGAUACCAGUGUUUCAUUCGCGCAGCCCAUGAAGAAUCUGAUCACGCAGAUACAGGAGGCUUUCAAGGGGAACUUUUCCCAGUACGCGUCCGUUUUCGGAUCGCGUGAAAAGAGAGAGCUCACGGGCCCCGAAGACAGCCAAGACAACCAGGUCGUGAAGCGCUCUCCGGCCACUUCGGUGUUCGGUCCUUCGCUGCGAACGGACAUGAUUAUCACCAGUCCCUUCCAGAGCACGAUGGAGUGGGACAUGAGCAAGCAAGAAUCACUUCAGCUAUGUCUCGAGGCGCCGUCAGUGUACAUUUCCAACAACUUGCAUAGCCAAAGAGAUCCUGCAGAAAACCAGCUGGAAAGAAAUACCAGUAGCAGUGGUGAAGAACAUGACAAAAAUGCUUUCGAAACUCCAUCCGAGAACCUGUCCCUUAUAAGACGACGAGAAAAUAGAAGAAACGAUAUGACAGAAGACGUGACAGUUGAGACCGUAUGUGAUAUUCUGAAACAAUUGUCUCACACAGAAGACAAGAAGGUCCUGAGGAUCUUGAAGAAAAAUAUUCCAGUCGAGUUGUUGCAGAAGUUUUCACAGAGCCUCAAAGAUAAUUAAAUUCUUGUUAAAUCUGUAGAUGAAUUUUAACAUGUCAUCAGUAACGUGAUCUGUAGAUUGCUGAUGGUUGUGAAUUUCCCAAAGCAUGUGAUCACAUCAUUAUUGCUCAAUGAUAAUUUAAGUUGCCUUCUGCUGCCACAUUUUCACGCAGCGUAAGUGAUAUCUCGUCACUGGGCAUAUGGAAAUGUGUUAGAGUACAUACAACACACUCAUUGCUAUCCUCAGUCUGUAACAAAAUGUCCUCAAUAAACCAACUUAUUUAUGCGAAGAUAUAUCUAUAUUCACUAAAUGCCCACAUUACUGAAGACAUUUAAAGUACAGUUCCCCAACUUCCAGUCAACCUACGCGUUGGCGGGUGUUACACUUGGAUAGAUGAGUAACUUUUACGUUAGGAGGUCAACUGAAGGAAACCAGAAAGAGGCAGUUUGCUGUGUUGCCAAAAAAUGUUGCAAUUGGUUUAUGGAUGUUCCCUGAGCACCAACUGAAGAGAAAGAGAGAUAUAUGUAUAUAUUUUGUAUGAAUAGCAUUAGAAAAUGGAGUUAUAUUACAUCUAUUUCUUGUACAUUAGUACAAUGUUCAUUCACAAUAGAGAUAUGUGUUUAUAUAGUAAAAAUAUUUGACGUGUAUUGUUGUAUUGUGAGGCUGUGUAGAAGGGACAUUCAGUGUGCUGUCUGUGAAACUUUCCAUCAGUAUAUGAUUUAUGUACGCUAAAAAAUGUGAAAUGAGAUUAUGAAAGAGGGACACAGAUGGCAAAAAAAAAAAAGAAGCGCUGUGAUCAUACGUUGCCUUUUUUUUU